AUGAAGUUUCUCAGCACUGCUACAACCGCGGCGUUGACCGGUCUUUUACUGCUGGUAUCAGCGGCUUAUGGAGACCGACAUUAUACUUGUGUACAUGGCAGAAUCGUGAGUGAGAAAGAGGUCUUAGAAGAAGCUGGGAUGGCAUAUGAUACCGUACCCUAUCACGAUCACCCUCCCACUCCCACGGGUGAAACAUACAAAUCAAUUUUAUUCUCCAGGUUUUUAAAUGAUAAUCAACAAUAUAUAGCUAGUUACUUGGUGCAAGUAUAUGGGAGCCCACAAAAGAUUCAACUCUCUGUAUUUUCCGAAAAGAAAUGGAAAAUUUGUAGUUUUGUAGAGAGUUAA